UUCUUCCACAUCUGACAGGAUAAAAGUAUAGCUGGGAUGGACCAAAGGCAGUGGAUUGCUGGGGCAGGUUGAGAACGAGUAGAUACUACAGUAAGCACUUCUUUGGGACCGUUGCUUCGUUGACAUGGACAGUUUUGUCUCUGUGAACUACUGGCUGGGACUGCUAGCUUUUCUGCUUCUACAAGGGGUAGUCAGUGUGGAGGGCAGAAGCAUCUUCAACCCUGGAAACCAUGUAUAUCCCCAAAGAGGAGACACAGAUGCCCAGAACAAGAUUCUAGCAUUGUUACUACAUAGAAGCUUAGAACCUUUUGAAAGAAGUGACACUUUAGGUUUAGAGUUUGCCAACAAGCUAGCGGAGCUGAAGGAGAUAGAGGCUUUGAAGGUGGACUUAGAGCUGGAAAGGGAGAUCUCAUCAAACACACUAGCAGAGGACGAGUCCAUACCGAGGAAAAGGGCUGAGCCCUGUUUCUGGAAGUACUGUGUAUGACAGCCUAAGGGAGAGAAGAACCUCUGAGUCCUGCUGCAUUGCCCUAACGCUCCAAAGACUCAACACGCUCACAGACAUCAACACAACUCACCCAUUACCAAAUGUUUAAAUGUUGUAACGUAACUAAUAUACUACUACUAUAAUGUACUCAUCACUGUGCUGUAACCUCUGUGCUGAUGUCGCAGUAUCGGGCGUCUACAGGUAUUUAUAAUAGGUUCAAUGACUGUUGGGUCUAAAUCAGGGUGGGCAUAAGGUGACAUUUUAUUUGUGUUGUUUUGCAUAAUUACCUUGUAGUGCAUAAUUGCCUCAAACGACUGAAACUACUUGAUGGACAGUCCUGUAUUGGAUGUAAUGUUUCAGAUGCUUCUCUACAGAACUCCAACUUUUGCGAUGACAAGGAGUUAUCAGCAUUUCUCUAAGAAUGGAACGUAUUGUUGUCCCAACCUAACAUAUUAGUCUGCUGACAAAGGACUUGGUCCAUGUUUCCACGCCCAGAGUAAGUGUCCUCUUCUCAACAUGUUGACUUUGUCUUCCUCUAGUGGUAAAUGGGUGCAGUGACGCAAUUCAUGUACUUUCCAUUGUCAAAUAUCAGUAUUGUUUUGAUGAAUGUGUUACCGUUUCCUUCAUUUAAUAAACUAUAUAUUA